AUGAGUGUUUUCACUUUUACAGCCGUCUUCUUCGCAAUCACUGUCGUGACGCAAACCAGCGACGAACAACCCUACUAUGGAGUUCCAAUGGGAACUUUCGAAAGCGAUAAGUUUGGAGUCCAUUCCGAGUUAUACUUAGCUGAUGAUCAUACCAUAGUUCUUGACAAAUUUGACCAUAAACCAAAAACACCUGCGUGCACAGCAAUGAUGAUAGGACCACCACGACAAGAAGACGAAAAGAGAAAGGUAGGAGAUGGAAUAUUGUUACCGUACACUCAGCCCAAUUUUUCUUGGGAAGAAAUCAGACGACGAAAAAGGAUAGCGGAAGAGGAGACGGAAAAGACGAUAAUUCGUUUGAAACCUUUUUCGAAACGUCUGCUGAAGUAUGGGCCAUCUGCGAAUAUUGUCACUAAACUCAUAACUUCCACGACUUCUAGCCCGAAGACGCCUCCUACUCUCGGUCCUGAUGAGUCGUACGAAGAGAUCGAAUACAUCGAGGAUGAAGAAGAGACGGAAGAGAAAUCAAAAUUGCUGAAAAACCUUCUACCAACGUUUUCAAAGGAUGGCGAGACACAUCGCCAGCAUUCCACGACAAUCUCUACAAGCACUCUUACAACCAGGAGACAGUUUCCUACACUGGUUACAGAAGCGCCGUUUUUCUCAUUUACCACUACUGCACUACCCAUGAUCGUUUUCAAUAAAUCCGAGAGACUGCAGCAAAGGAACGAGAAGCAUGCGACUCAAUCGUUUAAACUUCCGAAUCUCGAUAGCAAUCACAUAGAAGCCACGACUGCGAAAGAAUCCCCAACGAAUCUUGAUUCAUCGUUCUCUCUACCGCCAGCGCAAGACGAACAAGUCGCAUUUCUUCUAACAAAUGGUGGCCGCUUAUCCGACUACAAGUGGAUUGGGCUAUACGAUCAGUGCAAAAAUAUCUCGGUUCCAUUACUGACACUGACAGGUGUAGAUCCGCCGAGGGAGGAAGAAGUUGGGCGAUUCGUUGGGAAUGAUCGUAACAUAUCGAGUGGUAUUGUGAAAAUCCUGAACUGUAACACAAUUCUGGUUACUGAUCUUUUCUUUGAAGCUACUCAGAAGUUACCCAAUACCUUCUUCUUCGUCGGUUUAGGAAAUGUCACCCAUACAGUACAGCAAACAAAGGCGAGAACAAUCGGAUACGAAAUCGGGGACCCACUGGAACCCUACAAUGGCGACGAUGUGAUGGUACGAUUGCCGAAGGGAAUACGGACAUUCGAUGUGGAUUUUCUUUCCAUUUACAGCGAGGAUGAGAAGAGGAGCUAUGGUCAUGUUGACCUACCAAGCUUACUUGUACCUCCAUGUGUCGACGAUACCGGAACCUUAUAG